AUGCGGCAUUUCACCCCAUGGUAUAUUGACCCGAGCAAACCAGGCUUCGGGGAGAUCGAGGAAUAUUUCUUGCCGCCUGUGAUCCGCGACAUCACAGGGCAGGCCAAGGUCCCCAUCGGAGUCUUCGCAGUGGCCACCCGCGACACCACCGUGGCUUGCGAGACAUGCGAGGAGCUAUUCACGCCGAAGGCUCCGCACAUUCAACUCUCGCUAGACGGCGUCGAGAUUUUUGCGAACGGCUCCGGGAGCCACCACCAACUCAGGAAGCUCGACAAGCGGAUCGACCUCAUCAAAGGAGCGACUUCGAAGGCGGGGGGCGUCUAUCUUUACGCCAACCAGAAGGGCUGUGACGGCGGCAGGCUCUACUUCGACGGGUGCUGCAUGGUCUGGGUGAACGGUGAACUUGUUGCCCAGGGCUCGCAGUUCGGGACGCUCGACGAGGUCGAAGUCGUGGUUGCCACGGUCAAUCUGUCUGACGUGCGCGCCAUGCGCAGCAAUUUCGUUGCGCGCAACCAUCAGGCGUCCAGUGCUCCCAGCAUUCACCGCAUAGAGGUUGACUUCACCCUCGGGGAUCCCAACCCCUUGUCUCUGGCUGUCUCGCCGAUCCUCAAGCCUAGGAUACACGAUCCCAUGGAGGAGAUCGCGUUCGGGCCCUCGGCGUGGCUGUGGGAUUACUUGCGCCGGUCUGGAACUCGUGGCUAUUUUUUGCCCCUGUCAGGGGGCGCCGACUCUUCGUCUACGGGCACACUGGUCGCAAUCAUGUGCCAGCGAGUGGUGGACGAGCUUCAGAGCGGAUCCGAGCGAAGCAAGCGGAAGACCCUGGAGGACGUGCGCAAGAUCACCAGGCGGCCAGACUACACCCCAGCCGACGCCAAGGAUUUGUGUGGUAAGAUAUUCGUGACCUGCUACAUGGCUUCCCAGUACAGCGGCGACGAGACGCGCGGCCGUGCUAAGCAGCUAGCAGAGGACAUCGGCGCCAUCCAUACGUCCAUCUUCAUCGACGACAUUUGUUCCGCCAUCAAGACGACGUUCAAGAAUGUUGAGAUACACACAGACAAGGUGGACAAGAAAAGGAUGAAGACCGAACCGAAGAUCGAGAACCCUGGCAUGGAGAAUCUGGCGCUUCAGAAUAUCCAGGCCAGGAGCCGAAUGGUAAUGUCAUACUUCAUGUCCCAGCUCAUGCCAUGGGCCACGGACGGCGACCAGACGACCGCAGGUGGCUCUCUCCUCGUCCUGGGCUCGGCCAACGUGGACGAGGCCCUGCGUGGCUAUUACACGAAGUACGACUGCAGCGCCGCUGAUAUCAACCCCAUUGGGGGCAUCAACAAGCGUGAUCUGAAGGACUUCCUCAUGUGGGCCGGUCGCAAUCGAGGCAUCCCGGUCCUCCAGCGCGUGGCCGAAGCUGCGCCGAGUGCGGAGUUGACGGGCGCCGAGGGAGUGCAGAGCGACGAGGUGGACAUGGGCAUGUCGUACGACGAGCUGGGCGACCUGGGCGUCUGCCGCAAGGUCCACAAGUGCGGCCCCCUGAGCACAUUCCUGAAGUUGCGCGACAUGUGGAGCGACGGCAGGCGAAUAAGCCCCUCCAUCCGUAAGCGCAAGCAGCCCGAGAGCCGCGACGAGGAGGUGGCUCAGAAGGUUAAGGAUUUCUAUUUCUACCACGCCAUCAACCGGCACAAGAUGACCACGCUGACCCCUUCCUACCAUGCCGAGAAUUACUCGCCAGACGACAACCGCUUCGAUCUGCGGCCCUUCCUGCAGAAGCCCAGCUUCGACGUCCAGUUCAAGGCCAUAGACCGCGCGGUGGCCACUGCGGCGUCAGCCGCGGCAUCGUCAAGUGUCUCAGGGGCCGCCUCCUGA